AUGUCUGUUGAUGAUCUUAUAACAGAUGAUAUUAGAGAUACUGAUAAUUUUGAUAGCUCAGAGGAUGAGUCAUGUGAAAAAAUUUAUAUUUCUCGACGGAAGAAGGGUCCAGGUGGUCGGUUCGUUGGCGACUCGUCAUCAGUACCUGGUGGACCCGAGGAUGACACUGUUAUUCCUAGUUUUCUCGGACAUGUCGCUUCUCGGCUAUGGGAUGGGGCGGACAGAGGCGUGCUAAAGUGUCAGACUAGACAUGGAGCUCUUCGGAAGCUGAGACAGUGGUAUGAGACGGCCUCAAAGGAGGUCAAGGUGCUGAUAGACGGGACUGAGUUAUCACAUCUCCCGUAUAUCAUGUUUGAUCAUCUGGAUAUCCCGCUCCUUUCUGCAUUUGUGGAGCGAUGGCAGCCAGAUACAAACUCUUUUCACAUGCCAUUCGGGGAGAUGACCAUCACAUUACACGACGUGUGGCAUAUUCUUCACAUUCCAAUUGGUGGAGCUAUGAUUUCAGGUCAGCCGAAUAAGGCUCAGCUGCAAGCUUACUGCAUACAGAUUUUAGGUAUUCUCCCAGAGGAUCUGGUGAGUAAGACGACCAAGCAUUUUUCCCAGGGAGGUGUGUUGAUUGAGUCGAUCAUCGGCUUAUGUAUGCAUGGCCGUACUGCAGAGGUGGAGGCGAUAGCCUGGAUCUGGUUGACGUUAGGUUGCACUUUAUUCAUUGACAAGAGUGGCCAUCGGAUUAGACCUGCAACCAUAUGGGAGGUGCGGGAUGGAGUCACAGAUGCGACUUGGAAUCUCAUCGAGAGGAGAUUUCUCGGGUUUGACUGGCGAGAGCGGCUGCUGAUCGAGUCUCAUCAACCUCGAGCUUCCAGUUGGAGUGCUACUGCGUCAGAGUGUUCAGGCAUCCGACUUCGGGCCUUGCGAGCUCGUUUGGACCAGCUGACUGCUGAGGAGAUCAUGUGGCUCUCUUUUGGCGGCGAGCCUGUUGCCAGCGUUGAGCAUACUGCAUAUUAUGGCUGGAUAGCGUACCGGGACAUUGUCGAGCCAUACAUGCCUUCUAGGGUGCUGCGACAGCUGGGUUAUGUGCAGACUGUACCUGUGCCAAUUUUUCGGCCAAUAGGGGUUGUUAGGUCCGGGAAGUCAAUCAAAUACUCUGUGGACAUGAGUGUGACGAUUGCGAUUGACAUGUGGACUGCUUUUCCGACCAUGUACAAGUUGUCGUUCAUGGGAUUUGAGGAAGCCCAUAUUAUUGCUGGAGGAUGUCAUCCAGCGUACUUGGACUGGUACGAGCGGCAUUCGCAUCCACGUGUCCUUCCUGGCGUAGAUCUUCCACGAUCACAUCCUCCUCGCUCCAACAACGAUUAUUGGAUGAUGUUGCUGACUACCGAGUUCGAGCAUUUUAUCGGAGCUGUCAGCUCGAUUAUCGCCCAGCAUAGACAGCACUGCGACUUUGAGGGCAUUCCAGAGUUGGAGCAGGAAAUGGAGGAGGCUAGCACUACUUUGGAGAGAGUCAUGGCCGCUUGA